CAACUGGUAAACAAAGUUCGUAUUGACAAAUAGGUAUAUGUGAUAGAUAAUAAUAAAAUUCACUAUUAGUGGGAAUAAGUCUUAUACGCAACAGUAAGCACUUAUACAGUAAUGCCUGCUCACGAAGCCCCGUGCAUCGAGCUAGGCAGUGCUCCGCAGACACCAAGUAUUGCAGCAUCGCCAUCGCCAUCAGAAAUAUCCAGCGCUAGUUCGCCGGAACCGCCACAUAUAAGGGCUACCCCCUUAUUUAGAGUAUUGGCUAUGCCACCACCGGAGCCCCCACAGCCUCCUGGGCAAGACGAGUUGGAGCGUCGUCUACCUGGUUACCGGCGUAUUGUUAUUCCUCGUGAAUUGACUUUAAUCGAACUGCUGAAACAAUGUAGUGGAGCUGCUACAGAUGAAGAAGUACUUUGCAUUAGAGAGGCAAAACUUCGAGUUGUAGCUGAGCGUGUGGGAUUAAGGAGGCUCCAUGUGCUUACCCCUCGGCUACGCUCACUAACAUUGGACGGGAGUGCUUUGUCAUCCCUCAGGGAGCUUGGUAUUGGGCUAAUUCAUUUAAAGAUUUUGAGCAUAAACCGUUGUGGCCUAACCUCUUUGGAUGGAGUGUGGGGGUUAGGGGCUCUACGAGAAAUGUACGCUUGUGGGAAUAAAAUUAAAGACCUACAGCCUUUAGGGGCGUUACAGAAACUGCAUACAUUAAAUUUAGCGGACAAUCCAAUAGAAGAGUCUAGUCGUCUAUGGACUUUAGGAGUCUGUGGUUCGCUGCGUCGGCUAACAUUAAGUGGGACCACGGCAGCUGAUUCUCCACACUACAGAACCCGUAUUGCUUCCUGUUUACCCAUGCUGAUGUACUUGGACGAUCGUCCAUUGCACACAGACAUCAGUUACAGCACUGAUGAUGAAUUUGAUCCACCGUCUUCGUAUUCGGAUAGUGAUGUGGAAGUUGAAGAGUUGGCAGCCGUUACCCAGACUUCAUCUGGUACCCCUGAGCCUGGACCGUCCUCACAAUUUCCAAAGCCUUUAGAUUUGAAUCCUGAUGGUGUUAAUGAAGCUUCUAAAAGCACUACAUUGCGUCGUCGCCCUGCCACUACAGAGUGUGGAGGAGUACGACCAACAAGACAAACUCUUCAUGCAAGGCCAAAGACCGCUCAAGACAAAACUCAGCAACCUCUGAGUAAACUGCAGAUAUUGAAUACGCUGAUGGACGAAGAAUGGCGGUGCAGUGGCAGCAAAUUGACUUCGCAUGAACCGGUUUGUGGAAACCUGGCGAGAGCUCUACGCAGACCUUCUACAGCAAGACAGACUACAGAAGCAGAGUUAGAGAAAUAUUUGGUAGAACAAUCAAUGGAAGAGGCCGGUCGGGCACUGGCGGCAGAAAUACCGCGCGCGCCUCGCCUCGAAGAUUGGGUUAAGUUCAAAGAAGUAACUGGUAUCGAGAUCGACAUAGAUUUCAAUGAGAGACCUAAAGAGGCCGACGCUGCAGCGGUCAUCGACCGAUUAGAUCGCAUAGAAAGAGAGACUUUUGAAAGACUCGGUAAUAGAAAUACAUCUACACAAGCGGAUAAUAUUAAUUCUUUGUCAAGUAUGCCAGUUAUGAAUUGUCCAAUGCCAGUUAUGAAUAACCAUGAUCUGUGGAGAGGCAUACAAGAUUUGCCUCCGAUAUAUGAUGAAAAUACCGAAAUAGAAUCUCUUUUCAUAGAUGUUACAAGAGUUGAUCUAUUAUAUGGUGAUACAAAUACUGAUUUACAUGGAGAAUGACGUCACAAUGUUUUAUUACAACAGAUUUAAAUAUUUCUUUCAUAUUUUGUUGAUUUUCUGAUGGUGAAUAAAAUUGUACGAUUUUUUAUUCUCUUGACCA